GACCAAUUUCAGGGGCUCAAUGACGUGCUUUCUGAUGUGCAUAAGAAAUCGUCGCAUAGCUGCCGGUAAACGAAUCGGCUCUUGGCUUUCUUAAUCGAAAAGAUGUAAUCUUAUCUAUGCUAGAACUCAUCACGCGUUAUACCCUGAGUAAGGCGCGAUCUGUCUACGGAAAAUGCCAUACCUCGAUUUUUACAGCUAUAGUUGGCCGUAUUUAGUAUAUGAGUAAACAACCGGUUCCUGACUAACCCUACCUACUUCACACGUCAACUCAGAUUCUACGGUAGUGCUUGAAUUAUCUAAUAGAUAUAAAUCUUCACUAUGACGGUCGUAGUAGAGAGAGCGGCGGAAAGCUCGUCAGACACUGAAAAUGAGCAGCCCGUUCAAGUCAAAUGGUACCGAUCAGUAUUCUACAAUGCCACGAUCCUUGGUAUGUGCAGCUUCGCUGCGCCAGGACUAUGGGGAGCAAUGAACUCUCUCGGAGCCGGAGGCUCCCAAUCACCUUAUCUCGUGAAUACCGCGAAUGCCCUCACAUUUUGCCUCAUGGUGGUAUCUUGCUGGUUCACUAGCGGCAUCGUCAAGUAUAUCGGCAUUAAGGGUGCCCUCUUUGUCGGUACUAUCGGAUACGCCCCCUAUAGCGCCGGUCUCUAUCUCAAUAAUCGAUACGGUGUCGAAUGGCUUGUACUCUUUGGUGCCGCCCUCUGUGGAAUAUCUGCCGGUAUCUUUUGGGCUGCUGAGGCAGCUAUCGCCAUCGCAUACCCAGAACCGCGUAAUCGAAGCAGAAUAGUCGCCUACUGGCUGACUUGGACAAAGAUUGGUCAGAUUCUAGGGGGUGCCGUGAACUUGGGUCUGAACGCAGACCGUAAUCAGGCCGGAAAGGUUUCCUACAAUGUGUAUCUCAUUUUUAUUGCCCUGCAAUCAAGCGGAACACUUGUCGCUCUACUCUUGAGCAACCCAUCUCAGGUUCAGCGCCCGAACGGAACACCAGUCCAACUUACCAUACUCGACAACCCCUGGAAAGAAUUCAAAACAACAACGAAAACCUUUGUCACCAAGAAGUUUCUUCUCAUCAUCCUCUGGAUCGGUCAAGGAGUUUACGCCGAAGCAGUCUUCUUCACAUACAAUUCUCUUUGGUUUAGUGUACGCGCAAGAGCUUUGGGAUCGUUCUUAUCCGGAAUAGUGGCGGUCAUAUGCGGCAACCUGCUUGGAUUAUGGCUAGACCAACAUCAAAUUUCACUAAAGACAAGGUCUCGACGGGCUUUCGCGGUUAUAAUGACGCUGCAGGGAGCUUGGUGGCUAUGGCUCACGAUUAACGUCACCGAAUAUCGCAGAACUCAACCGCUUUUCGACUGGGUCGACCCCGGGUUUGGAAGGGCCUUUGCGGUUUUCGUUUUCCUCGUCGCCGGCUUUCAGCUCAACUACAACUUCUCGUACUUCAUAAUCGGACAGAUAUCAUCUGGUCCAGAGGAGACUAUCCGACUCGCUGCGCUACUACGAGGAACGGAGUCGGCCUGGCAGGCCUUGAGUUAUGGGCUAAAUGCCAUUCCUGUCAUUGCUUCUGUCGGCGGUCCUUAUAUUAACUUCGGUCUAUGGGGCGCUGCGAUUAUACCCGUUUGGUUUGUAAUCAGGGACUUUGGUGUUGACAAGGAGAAGACUGAUAUCGAAAGUCCGUCUAUCGAGACUCAUGGAGAGCUACACAAGGAAACGGGUUCUGACUGAAUCUGGUCUGAAUAUGUUAAGAGAAAAAUUUGAUAGAUGUUUUUAUAGGUAGCUAGAUCUUAGACAGAUGUACUUAGAGGGCCGCCCAUCACUGUUGCCUACUAUUUUCUGAUCCAAAACUUCGGUUUCAUUGAUACCUUACUGUAUCCCGUACUAAUUAGCUCGUAUGGUAUGAAAAGGCCAUAAAAACUGCGGAUAUUAUUCAAAAUCGAGGCCUCAAAGUGACAUGUUUACGCUGCUCGGAGAUUUAAGUGGCCUGCG